UGAAACCUGUAAUGUUUAAGGGGUUGUUUCCUUUCAAUACAGUGAAAUCCGAUUUCUGCUAUGCCAUGUUAUCUUGCUUUUCUCACCUAUCCUCAUUUCUCCCUCCAACAGAUCAACCAGGCUCAUGUCCAGGAAGCUGUGCAAACUAAAGGGGAGUAGGAAUGUGCUGGUGAAGCCUAAAAUUGCAGAACAGCAAGAGCUUGAGAAGAUACAAGAACUUCAAAAGAAUCUCAAGAAAAAUGAGCAUUCCAUGAAAGCUGCCAUAACUAGAGCAGGUCAGUCUUUGAAUAAUGGUGACCCUCCAGUCACAAAACCAGUGGAUUUUCUCUGUAAAACCAAUGAUCAACUUGAGCAUGGUUCCAAUCAACCUGAGAGAAAUGACUGUAACAUGGUGAAAUUUGUUGCAUCACUAAGGAGACACCAAUCGCUAUCGGUUCAGAUUCCUAAACGAGGAUACACAAUCCCAAAACCCUUCAACCUGUCACAGGGAAAAAAACGAAAGCGUGAGGAGGCUUUGGAAUCCAGUGCUGAAAAGGUUAUAUCUUUCUCCAAAAGAACUCCCGCACCUUAUUGCCUGCAUGGCCACCAGAGGGAGCUCGAGGAAGAGGAGGUGCCUGUUAUCAAAGCCACUCGUACGCCACAUUACAGGGUCCUAUUUAAACCCAAACUUUUAGAAAAGAGACAAGUGGAUCAUAGGCGGAGGGUGACUUUUGAGUUUGGGAAGGCUAACCAAAGAUCAGCAAAAAAAAUUUCACCCUACCGGAGGUGCAGGCCUUCAGAGCAGUUGGGGGAAACAAUAGCAUUUUUUAAAGCAAAGUCCCCUAUAGAGUGCUAUAGUCACCUUAUUAAGAAAAUGUGUGUGCCCCAAUGA